AUGCUGAAAGCCUUCCGUAAGCGCAUCAUUACGAUGCUUGUCUCACUCAAGAGCCGCGAGGCGCUGGGAAAUGGCCCAGGAGAAUUGCUGCCGUUUGCACCAACCGAUGAAGAGGUUGCUGAAGUUUGGGAGCGCUUCGCGAGCAAGGACCACCAUGUGCUCGAUGUCCUGCUACAAAUCCUCACACUUGUACGCUACCCCGUACGCUACCCGGCAGCACGAGAAGGCGAAGGCGAGCCGUUCUCAGCUGCGAUUACGGUGCUUCUCAAGGUCAUCUUCAACUCCCCAAGUUCGCUCGAAACGAUUGAACAAGCUCUACACGCCUUGAAGCUCCAGUUCUCGAGCGAGCUGGAUGGCUUCCUACAGUGCGCAGAGCAGCAUGCUGGAUUCACCGCCCAAGCCAUCAUUAAGGCCAACCCCAACUUCAUCAGGUACGUCUUUUCGUAUUUGGAGGCCUACGUUGCCUGA